AUGGGAAUAUCUGGCCUGCUUCCUAUAGUUUUGCCAAAGCUAGUGAAGAAGCACAUAUCUAGCUAUAGGUCGCACAGAGUGGGGAUAGAUGGGCACGGAUGGAUGUAUCAAGUUCUUCCAUGUGUUGCUGAAGAGCUGUUUUUCAAGAUCCCCACAAGACAGCACAUAAGCCUGUUUGAGGCGAAGAUCAGGCAUCUUGAGAAGCAGGGGAUAACGCCGGUGGUUGUGCUUGAUGGAGACAGCCUGCUGAGCAAAGAGGAGACCAACAUGAGAAGAAAAGUAAAGAAGGAGCACAGCAGAAAGGAGGCGGAAAUAUGGCUGAUGAAGAACAACCCGACUAAAGCAAAGGCAUGCAUGAGGCAGUGCAUUUCGGUUACUAAGGAGAUCGUAUUGGACAUCACAAGUAUGCUAGAGAGGAUAAAUGUGGAGUAUAUCAUUUCUCCCUAUGAAUCUGAUGCGCAGCUCUGCUAUCUACAGAAAAUAGGAUAUGUAGAUUACAUAAUGACAGAGGAUAGCGACUUGAUUGCAUAUGGAUCUGAAAAUGUGCUCUAUAAAUUUGAUGGUGCGUUUGUUUACGAGUUCAACAGAGUAUGUCUUGAGCAAGCAAAGGACAGGCAAUUCAAAGAAAAUAUACUUGACAUUGCAAUCCUAAGUGGGUGUGACUACCUGAGUUCUGUGCAGGGAGUUGGCGUGGUGACUGCCCAUAAGCUACUUUCCAGAGAGAAAACAGUCGAAAGGGUGGUUGAGCAUCUACGGAGCAAGAAGCCUGUUUCUAGCACAUACUUAGAUGACUUUGCACGUGCAAAAAAGACCUUUCUGCAUCAGGUUGUUUAUGAUCCCGUCCUAGGAAGGAGGAGGCAUUUGCACGACACAAAUGAAAACCUGUUGUUUUUGGGCUCUUUUGAAGAAGACGAGUGUACAGCCGAAGGAGGUAAAAGCACACACGGCACAGAUAGAAACACCCAAAGAUCAGUUUUGAGCCUAAUACACGGUACAAAAACAAUCAAACUCAAGAGGCAUUUCAUGCCUAUCGUUAAAAAACAAGCAAUGAGCAUAGCAGAGCAAUCUGAAUUCAAGAGAAUAAAAAUAAGGACAAUGGCGGACACGAACACACAAUCCCCAUACUUCAGCAGUUGA